AACGCUGUACUGAAGGCGUUCUCGAUCGGUGAUGCGGUUGUUGAACUCCAGCAUAUCAGUAUACCACACAAUGAGUCUACCUUCAUCCCGAUUUCGGUGGUACCGUUGCAUUCAAUACAUUUGGAAUCGGAAACUGCAAUUCCAUUCGGAGACAACGGGCAGUAUGGUAGCGGAUUGUCAGUUCUGAACGGACAACUUCCGUUGGGCUUUCGCAUCGCAUUGGCGGUCUCAUUCCGCGAUCAUGCUGGACGUCUGUUCCACGCUACGAACGCUCGUAUUAAAUUCAGACCGCAUAGGUAUGGCUAG